AUGGAUGAAAUUGAGGAAGCAUCUCCCUAUUCCUUGGUUGACAUCUGCCUGAUUGUCCUGGCUACUGAUUUGGAGAGAUUCUGUUCAGAAAGACAAGAUGGGACCUUGUGCCUGCAUGAACUGGGAAGUUUCCCCCAGGAAGUAGCUGAUCGACUGUUGCAGAUGAUGACAGUUCAUGGAAAGCUGAACGAUCGAACGGUGGGCAUUUUCCAAGGCACCCAAAUGCAGCUGAAACAAGUGUGCAUCCGGAAGGCCAAUAUUUCCGCAGCUGCUUUCCAGAAAGCCUUCUGCCAUCACCGAAUCAUAGAACUGGAUGCUACUGGGGUGGGUGUGACCCUCACCAUCCCAGACAUCUUGAAUAGCCUUGGUAGCAGCCCAUGGACUCGGCAUCACCUCCAAUGCCUCGUGCUGAACUCGGGAAAUCUGCUUCUUGAAGAGGCUGUGUUGCCGCGCUUCAGCCAGUUAAUUGGCCUGCGUGUUUUAAGUGUUUCCAAUAUCCCCUUUCAGAACAGGGACCUUGCAGAUGUGGCUUUGCUGCCGAGAUUAGAGAGCCUGGACAUUUCCAACACGUCAGUCUCUGACCUCUCUGCUCUCCUGGCCUGCAAAAAUCGGCUCAAAUCCCUCACCAUGCACUACUUGAAGUGCCUGACGAUGCCAACACCACAAGUCUUGGAGAUCAUCAGAGAACUCAAAGGCCUGGUACAUCUGGACAUCUCAGAUGAUCAGCAGUUCACCUCGGACCUUGCCUUCCAUCUGCUGCAACAGACAGACAUCCUGCCCAAUAUUUUGUCACUCGAUAUCUCAGGCGGUAAACAAAUCACUGAUGAAGCUGUUGAGGCCUUCAUCCGGCAGCGGCCAGCCAUGCAGUUUGUGGGCUUGUUGGCUACUGAUGCGGGUUACUCCGACUUCUUUACCUCCGACCCCAGCCUCAUGGUUGCUGGAGGAGCAAAUGUCAGUCAGAUUUCCGAAGCUCUGAGGAGAUACAGUGAAAGAGUGUGCUUUAUGAAAGAAGCCUUGAUCCGGCUUUUCACCCAGACAUUUUAUAUGCAAAUAACCAAGCCAGCUGUUUUAAAGCUUGUGGCUGUAGGAAUGAGGAAUCACCCUCUGGAUUUGCCUGUACAGUUCACAGCCAGUGCAUGUACCCUCAAUUUAACCCGCCAGGGUCUGGCCUUGGGUAUGCCUGUUCGUUUGUUGUCAGAGGUCAUCCAUUUACUUCUCAAGGCCCUAAAAAAUUUCCCUAAUAACCAGCAGCUACAGAAGAAUUGUCUUCUUUCCUUGACCAAUGCCAGAAUUCUUCAAGAUGUCCCAUUUAACAGGUUUGAUGCUGCCAAGUUUGUUAUGAAAUGGCUUUGUAAGCAUGAAAACCCGAAUAUGCAGACAAUGGCAGUGAGCGUCAUCUCUAUUCUAGCCCUUCAGCUCUCUCCUGAACAGACAGCACAGCUGAAGGCAGAGCUUUUCAUUGUUGUCAGGGAGCUUUUGGCAAUCGUAAAGCAGAAGACCUCUGAGAAUUUAGAAGAUAUUACCCUCACGUUUACCCUGAGAGCACUGUGGAACCUCACUGAUGAGUCUCCAGCCACCUGUAUGCACUUUGUUGAGAAUCAAGGGUUGGCCAUCUUUGUGCAAGUAUUGGAGACUUUCCCAUCAGAAUCAACAAUACAAACCAGAGUUCUUGGCCUUUUGAACAAUGUUGCUGAAGUCAAAGAAUUGUCCUCUGAGCUUAUGAUGAGCAGCCUGAUGACCCAUGUGAGCCGACUACUUCACAGUGUGGAGAUGGAAGUGAGCUACUUUGCAGCUGGAAUCAUUUCCCAUCUCAUCCCUCUGGGGGAGGAGGCGUGGACCCUGAGUGGCUUCCAGAGGAGCACUAUUUUAGAUGAUCUGUAUAUGACAGUGCUGAAGUGGCCCAGUCCAAGUUGUAAGAUGGUGGCACUGGUGACUUACAGGUCCUUCAAGUCGUUUUUCCCAUUACUUAGCAACUUCGCAGUUUUUGAGAUUCAGCUCUGGGCACUGUGGGCCAUGCAUCACGUCUGCAGCAAGAAUCCCACCAAGUACUGCCGGAUGCUCAUGGAAGAGGGUGGACUGCAGCUCUUGGAAGAUAUCCGAGACCAUGCCCAGGCAGAGCCCCACGUACACCAGAUCGCUGUGUCUAUCCUUGUAGACUUUCACAUGCAUUUUAUGAGCUACAGGAAGUCCCCUGGUUCUAAAGUGCCUCUCCAGACAUAAGGAGGCACCUGAGGAGCUCUCACCCUCUGCCUUCUCACCUGCUGGCCUUCGAUUGAAUGUUUAACGGCUGCUGCAAGCCUUUGAGUCUGUGAAUUGUUCAGUUGACCUUGAUCCAUCCAUUGUCCUGGGCUUACAAAGGUGGAGGUUUCUUUGGCUUAGGCACAGCCAAGAAUCACCAGCAGAUGACUUCAUGGGCAGGGAAAGUGGUUCUGACUAGUGGCUAUUUUUGGGGAAAGAGAGCCACAGGCUUUCACUGUUGACAAACUCCUGAACUGGAGCCAAAAUAAUAUUUAAAAUGUUACUGUUUACUCUUGGCAAGGCCAUGGUGGAAAGUGCCUGUUAAAAGGCGGUUUGUUCCCAACCCAUGUGGAGACUGAGAAUUGUUCUCCAUCUUGGGCUUAUUUGCUGGGCUGUCAGAGGGUGGGGGAACCCUAGGUGGCACUGGACGCUUGGGCAGGGAUGCUGGGGGAUCCCACAUUUCACCUCAAGGGCCUGGUUCCCAGGUCACUCCAGCACUGGUCCUAGAGUGAAGGGCCUUGGGGAAGUCACCUGAUAAAUGUGUCAUUUUAGAAAUAGAACCUUUAUUUGGCUUUCAUUUUUUUUUAAUAAAAGUUUUUUUAAAAAAUAA